GAUUUCGUCUCUGAUGAGGAAUUUCAGAGGAUGAUGCAUGGAGGCGGCGGGUUCGCACAACCGCGCAUGGGAGGUGAUCAUAUCGGUCGUGAGGACUUUGGUGAAUGGGAUCGUCAGAGACCACCUCAGGACGACGGUUACCAAGCAUCAUAUCCGCAGCAGUCCGCCCCUUACGAACAGCGCACAUCUGGCUAUGAGAGCGGUGCAUAUUCUCAGCCUUCUCGUAAUCAGUAUGCUGUCCCAGAAUCGCUAGAGCCGCACCAUGGAAGCAACGUGUACGCAUCACCUACUGGUGCUCCUGGUGGACCACCCAGUCGUGCCCCAGCGGGAGGUUAUGCUCCGCCUCCCGGGCCACCGCCUUCAGCUACUAGACCUUCAUAUGGAUACGAUGCUCCUCCUCAAGGAGGAUCGGGACAAGGCGCUGCGAGUGAUUAUUACAACGGACCUCCGCCAGCCAUACUCGCGCACCCCAGAUAACGCAACCGCUUAUGAUGACUCCCCUAACCCACCUCCCUACCACCCUCAAUCCUCGGGCGGGUUCGACGAGGAGAAUUACCAAUCUCACUUCUCUGCUCACGAUCAGGCGUAUGGUUCUGGUCAUGAUGACAGGCCGAUGGCGAGUGAUGCUAUCGGUGCAGCUGCCGCUAUCGAAGCGCUGAAGAUCACAGCUGCAAAUAAUCAGUCAGGUGACAGGCCGCAGCAGGGAGGUAGACCACAAGGUGGAUUCCAUCCCGAUGCGGACGCUCCGCAUGCGAGACCAUCUGCCGGCCUUGCUUCUGGUGCGCACCAGUCAUCAGACAUGGGUGGGAGACCGAGUGGUGGAAAGCCUCAGGGGCGGCCGCAGAAUGCGGAAUAUGACGACGAGGACGAGGAUGAAAGCCCGGCUGAUAAAGCACAGGCUCCUAAGGGAGGUGGUGGCAUGCAGGACAAAGUCAUUGCCCUGGCGAUGGCUCAGGCAGGUAAGCUUUUCGACAAGAAGGGCGGAGGGGACAGCCAAGGAAAGUCGCAAGCUAUGCAAUCAGCUGCGGCGACUGCAAUGCGCUUAAUGGGAGAGUACAAAUCGACGGGUAAGGUAAACAUGGAGCCAGGGGAGAUGCAGAAGCUUAUGGGGCUUGCAAUGUCGCUGUUUUGAAGUGAAAGGGGCACAGAAUUCGUGAUUGAUCUUGCAGUUAUAUAACUACAACUCGAAGACAUUUGAUACGGUCUCGGUUUUUGAGCAGUCUGAUUAUACACGAUGAGCUUCAUGCAUGAUUUAACAAAGUUGUUG